UUGGUCCUGCCAGAGGGGAGCAGAACAUCAGCUCCCCUUUUUUGGCAAGGGAGCUGAUGUUCUGCUCCCACUUGAGGUCCUGGGCGAUGAUGGUGCCCAGGAAGCGGAAAGACUCCACAGCAGUGACUGGGGAGUCUGAUGAGGGUGCUGUCGCCUGCAAACUUUAGGAGCUUGGCGGACUGGUGACUGGAGGACUGCGAUGAUGGUGGAGGAUUUGAAGCAUGCUGAAACGUGGCAUGACUCCAGCGUGGGGGAUCCUCUCCUCGACUGUGGAUUUCCUUUCCCACCUUCCCUCGCUGUUCACCUGCCUGCUGAGGAGGCGGCUGGACCAGAGGCCGCAAUAACUACAAAGUUCCCCGCCAAAGUCGACAUGUCAAGAAUCUGGGUAUGCAGGCAGAACCGGGAGGAAACAGUCAAUUACUAUUACCACCGCUUAGAAAAAGUGUUCAUUGAGAACAGCGGCAUUAUCAAACAAGAAGCCGGUGUGAGAGUUUGGGAAACACACCUCUCAAACGCUUUCCUCACAGGCCUAUCCCCGGCUAUUUCUUCAUCAGUGCGAAACUCCUGCAUUGGCGUAAUGGACGGUGCCCGGCUGGAAGAAAUUCGCCGACAUGCCGUGCAGGCUGAGAAACACCUCUCAGAAGAAAAAGCCAGUGAGGAAAAGAGACGCCGCGCUCGCAAAGAAAAGCUGACCAUGGUCCAGGUUGUUACAACCACCUGGGCUCAAGGUCAUGGCCAGGGCAGAGGGAACCGAAGAGGAGGAAGAGACCGCAAUAGAGACCGCAAUAGCAGAUGUUUUAACUGCGGAGAGAUGGGUCAUUGGUUCGCUGAAUGCCCACACGAGAAGCAGAAAAAGAACUUUCGAUCGGAUAAAUCGGACUGUAACAAAGACAAUACUUCAAACUGACAGUAGUCGAAGGAGGGAGUGGGGAAAGGAAGGAAAUUUGGUCGGGAGAGAGAGAACCACUGCCAGCAGCAUCUAACCAGGGAAGUGACACACACACACAUCAUGCUAUUGAAAAUUGGAAAAUGUAGAAGACAUGCCUGUGGUUAAAGAGGGUACAUAUUUGAAAUAUGACAGUGAAACAGCAUUUGAGAAAUGUCCCACACUAACUUUAGCUAUCAUGGGUGUUGAUGUUCUAUAGUAAAAAGGGCAGAUUUGCCUGAUUGCAAAUGUAGUGGUAGAUUUAUGCACUCAAUAGGAGCGGCUGGGGUGACUGUAAAGGAGAAGUUUUUGUAUCACUUCAGAGUAGAGAUAACGUUGAUGAUAGUAAUCCAUUUCCCACAUCAGUCAAAAACAGUUUAUUUUAUCCUCCGUCUGCCUAAUAAAUUUACUGGGCAGAGAUCUGCAACUCCGGUUCGGCUUAGAUCUCAUUUAUUCCACAAAUGAGGGUUUUAAAGUCCGGCUGCCAUCUCCUACGAUGGUUCAAAAACUGGCAUUUGAUGAUAAAGAACUGUGUGAAUGUGUAUGAAAUGGCUGCUGACAUAUCCUGAUUCUCAGGUGUUGUUGCGGGGUGACUGAUCAACGUGUUUUCCACCUGCUGUGUUCAUGGAGGCUUCUCAUUUGCAUUAUACGUGCUAACGUUGUUGAUGAUCCAUUUCUGUUAGAAUGUGUGAAUGAUGAGCUCAUACUUAAAACUAUGCUUGAAGUUUGCUGUGCAGCUGGUUCCUGUUGCGCACCCACACAACACAAACUGUGUCAAAUCCCAGGGGCGGUCCACACAUUUUACUAGUCAGGGGCCCCACUGAGAGAUAGAGGGAUUUGGAUCUAAUCGUUAAAGAUUUGGAGUCAGUCACUGAUUGGACACCUACACACACAGAAUAUGUACAUGUGUCACGUGACGUGUAUCAAAUGAAAAUGUGCACGAACGUAGCCGUUCUGCGCACAUUGCUGUUGGUUAAGGAGGAUGAUGUUGGUGAUGCCAUUUUCCACCUUUACGGGUAAUUCUCAUAUCUCUGAGCUUCCUGCCGCGCUUUCAGAUGUGCCAUACUCACUCUGGGCAGCUCACAGAUAUGACGUAGGGUUAAUGUCCACGUUCCGUUCAAAUCAACCCCCGUACCCAUUGA